AUGCGACGCCGCGUCGCCGGACGCGCGAUCGAGACGAUCCCGACGGCGCCGAGCGGCGCGACGAUCCCCGCGCGAGCGCUCGGCGAGCCGACGCGCGCGCCGACGGACGCCGCGGCGCGCGAGCGCGCGAACGAAGUGGUGAAGACGGCGAAGACGAGGUGGUUGCGAAACACCGAGGUGUGCGACGUGCUGCUGAAUUACGCCGCGUACGGCUUCGAACCGAGCGUGGACGCGCCCGUGCGACCGCUGGGGGGGACGCUGUUCCUGAUCAAUCGAAAGGUAGUGCGGUUCUUUCGCAAGGAUGGACACAACUGGCAGAAGAAGAAGGACGGGAAGACGAUUCGUGAGACGCACGAAAAGUUAAAGGUGGGGACGGUGGAGCUGUUGAAUUGUUAUUACACGCACAGCGAGGAAGACGCGAAGUUUCAACGAAGGUGUUAUUGGUUGCUGAACAUGGACGAGGGGGCGGUGUUGGUGCAUUACUUGACGGUGAAGAAGGAGCCGCAGCGGCCGUCGAGCGGGGUGGCGACGCCGGGGGGAGCGGCGAGGGGCGCGCUCGGUUCGAUGGGGAGGGAUGGGAAGAGGGCGAUAGGGAGUAAGGCACCGUUGUCGUCCAAAAUCGGGAACAGGGCGCUCUCGUCGAAGAUUGGGAGCGUGGCAUCGAAAAUUAAGAGCGCGUCCACGGCGGGGCGACGAGGGGCGGGAAGGUCGAGGAAGGACGUCGAGCUCGAGUCGUUUCUCGAUGGCGCCGCGGACGAUUUCUCGCGGCAAAAUGUGAGCGAUAUGUUGAAUCGCGAUGAUGAGGAUUUGGCGCUCAUUUUUCAAGAAACGGGUCUCGACGACGCCGAGCAGGGAGCCAGCGAGUGGAAGUACGCUCUGGACUCUGAAUAUAUUAGCGACGACGACGCGCCGGCGACGUCUCUUUCGCGACUGAUGCGCGAGUUCAACGGAUUAGAUGACGAAUAUGAUGACGAUUGCGUUGACGGACGUGCGCGAGAAAACAGUGAUCAGCAAACUCCGACGUUCUCGCGAAGUUUAGUUCAUUCUGACUCACCGCGGACCGGCGGCGAGAUGUCCAUUGAAGAGUUUGAGAGACGCAUUGAACGCAUUCGAUCGCAGUGGCAGAAUCAAGUCACCGGCGACGGCGAUUCGACAUCGAUGGAACGAAUCGAACGUCAAAUCAACACACUCGAACAAGACGUUGAGCGCGCGAUGGCAUCUUCGCUGCAACGCGCGAGCGACGAUCCGGGCGGCGAGCCGAGUACUAGCGCCGGCGAUGCGGAUGCGGCUGAUGAGUUAAGCGGACACCGCGCAAACGCUACGGAACGCGGUGAUGCGGAGACCUCUAUGCAUACGAGGCGCACGUCGGGCAUCGUACGACACGUGCCUGCGACGCCUUCCGGUGUGCACGUCUUAUGGAGUAUCGUCGACUUUACGCCGUCAUGGGACGACGUAUCGGGCGGCGCGAAGGUCAUCAUCACGGGUAACCCGCUCGUCGAAUUGGAACCAGGAAUCGGAAUGUGUUGCGUGUUCGGUACCAUCGCCGUGCCUGUGGAGCAACUCGCGCCGAAUGUUUUAAAGUGCUACGCUCCUGCGCAUGCCCCAGGUGUCGUUUCAAUGUUUCUCGUCAUGGAAAGCGGCAACGGACAUCCGGUGAGCGAGAUAUCGUCGUUCGAGUUCAUGGAAAGUCUUGAUCCGUCGAGAGGCGUCGAUGUAGAUCGACGUGAUAUGAUUGAUCAGAGUGCGAACAUGAGCGAUCGCGACUUCCAGAUGCGUUUGGUUCAGUUGCUGACGACGUUAGGCUCCGAUUCUUCAAACUCGGUCGGUAACGACAGCGGCGAAAAGAGCGGCGACAGAACGACGCACAGCUCGGCCUUGGUGAACGAUUCGGUGAUGCACAUGAAUGCAUUAAGCGCGCUUCGUGCUGCAAAUCGGCUUGAACUAGAUCCAUACAACUUGGACGGCGUCAAGAAUGAAGAAUUGGUUGUUCUUCUUUCUGGCAUGCUUCAAGCGAGACUCAAAUCAGUCAUCGUUCACGAAAAUAGGCGCAUGAAAGCUCGACGCGCGCUCCCUUCGAGUGCAGUUGCGAUGCAAGAGGUGGAAGAAGUCGCGAAGACCGGCGUCAUCAGCGAUAAAAUCGUGGAAACUGCCGUGGAGAAGACUCAACAGACGCACAAAGCGCUCUUGAAGGUAGCCUUCACACCGUCGGCGUAUAAACGAAAGGAUCAAACUGGACUCACAUUGUUCCACUGUUGCGCUGCUCUCGGCAUCGAAUGGGCGGUGCGUGCGAUGUGCGUCACCGGCGUCGAUCUCAAUCACACAGAUGCGUACAACCGCUCGGCUCUGCAUUGGGCAGUCGCGCGUGGUCACGAAAUGGUCGUCGCGACGCUUUUAAAUUACGGGGCAAAGUCGCGUUCGAUGUGUCAAUGGGAAGGCGAAAGUUUUACCCCGGCUGAGCUCGCGGUGCGUUGCGGCUAUGAAGGCAUAUCGGCAUAUAUUAGCGAAGCUAACUUAGCAAGCGCUUUGGAGAACAUUAAUCUUCGAAACAGUGGCAUUCCAAGGCAAAGAUGCCGGACCUCUCGUGGCGGCGGCGUGUUUCAGGCGCAUCGCUUUCGUCGCACUAUUUUGAGCGAUACGGAAGGAUCUGAUAGCGAAGAACACUCGGUGAGGCGCUCGACGAGGGUAAACAGCGAGAAGAAGCGAGCGUACCAUCGUCGGAAAACGUCGAGACUCACCGCAUCAACGACUGCAGACGGCGAUGAUUCUGAGACAGAAGCUGCGUUUGUCGUCAAGCGCGCGGAAAAUGCACGCAGGUCGUUGCUCGACACGCUUUACAAUUUGAAUGUCAAGCCGGAGUUUAUCGACGCCGACAUCCAUGCGCGUCUUGGAAAGAGGCGUGGGCGUAGAGUACGACAAGUUGACGUGCAAAGCUUGAUGAGUGAGCUUCUCACACCAGUCGGUGACAACCCGACUCAUUCUGAAAUGAUGUCUCCUUCGCGACGACCCGUCUUGCGCGCGAGACGCGCUCCAAAGCCUGUUGUCGGUGUGUCAAUCACAAAUGAUGUUAAAGGCAGAGAAGACAGUGAAGACAGCGAGUCACUGGACGACGACGAAGACGAAGAAGCUAUACAAAAGAACUUUUCGAGAAUCCAAACUUCGCUCCAAUCGGCACAUUCGCGUACUCAGUACCUGCGAUUGAGAAGACUUACAAACCAGUUACGCGUCGAAUUAAAGAAACUUAAAGACGACGGUCAAUUUUCUGAUGAUGAUGAUGAUCGUUAGUGGUACUAUUCGUACGAGUGAUAAAUGUU